AUGAGUGAGCAAGAGAGGGAGACGGAAGAGGAUGAGGGAGAGGAUGCCUCAGACACAGCACCCAUGCUACCUCGAAGGCCUACAGACUACCACACGUCAGUCCUGACAUGCCCAGGGUGGCUGGGAUUGGCCACUCAAGGCCUCAGGACCCUGCUGCUGUCUGGCCGAGCCCUGGCUGAAUUCCUCUUCUAUCUGCUGCUGCCUGGAGUAGUCUUCCUGUUGGUCCUGCUGCCCGCAGCCACCAUCGUCUACCUGGGAUUCCUGUGCCACUCGAGGGUGCAUCCAGCGCCGGGCCCGCGGUGCCGAGCGCUGCUCUCGGACCGCAGCUCAGCGGCGCUCAUCGUGCUCGGCUUCCUCUCGCUGCCGCCGCUUUUGGUGCUGGCCUCGGCCGCCCGCGCCCGCCUGGUGCGGCGACUGCGCCCCCUGCUGACUCCUCCCGCGAGCACGCCGGGAGCCCGCCGGCCCCGGGGGUCCAGCGAAGGGAGCCGCCUCUCAGACGAGGAAGAACAGCUCUGUGCCUGGGUGUGACUCGUCAGAGGCUGCCAAAUGCCGCUAGCCACCCGAAAUCCCCCCAAGGCCCCCAUGAAGUGGGACCAGGGGACACAUGCUCCUGGAGU